AUAAUUUUGCGAUAAAUGGCCUUCAGAGAGAGCGUAGAGAUGAAAACUCACUUUUUUUUACUUUACCAAGUAAUACUGAGCUUCAUACUGUGAGACGCAACAUUAAAAUUCUUUUUCCUAAUGCUUUCAUGGAUCGACCAAAU